UCAGUCCAUACCCCGCAUAUACAUUCAAGCAACCUCUCAACUUCUUCCCACUCCCCAUCUACCCUCCUACGUACAAUAUCCAAAAUGGCUCUCGCCUAUAGCGACAUCCCCGCGGCCGCCAAAGUCGCGCCGUCCCCUUUCCAAAUCCACAUCCCCGACGAGCAAAUCGAGGAGCUCCAAUUACUGGUAAAACUAUCCAAGCUCGCGCCCCCCACCUUCGAAAACCAACAGCCAGAUCGCAAAUACGGAGUCACGAACGAAUGGCUCACCACCGCCAAAGAAGCCUGGAAGAGUUUCGACUGGCGAGCUGCAGAAAAGCACCUCAACAGCUUCCCCCAAUUCACCUAUGACAUCGAGGGCUUAACCAUCCACUUUGUGGCCCUGUUCUCCCGGAAGAAGGACGCUGUCCCUGUGGUCCUCAUCCACGGCUGGCCAGGCAGCUUUCUGGAAUUUCUCCCGGUGCUGUCUCUUAUUCGGGACAGAUACAGCCCGGAAGAUUUGCCAUAUCAUCUCGUGAUACCCUCGCUCCCGGGGUUCACCUUCUCAUCGGGACCUCCGGUGGACAGGGACUUCAUUGGCGAGGACACGGCUCGGGUCCUCAACCAGGUCAUGCUCAAUCUCGGGUUCGAGGACGGCGGCUAUGUUGCGCAGGGUGGAGAUAUUGGGUCGAAGAUUGGCCGGAUCCUCGCUGUCGAUUACCCGGCGUGCAAGGCGAUUCAUCUGAACGCCUGCUUCAUGGGUAAACCCGACCACGUUCCGGAUACCGCAAUCGCCGAAUCGGAACGGCGUGGGUUGGCUCGCGCAGGCUGGUUCGCUACGUUCGGAACGGGAUAUUCUUUAGAACAUGGCACGCGACCCAGCACGAUUGGCAACGUUCUGUCAUCGAGCCCUGUUGCUUUGCUGGCCUGGAUCGGAGAAAAGUUCCUCGACUGGGCAGGCGAAACGAUCCCGCUAGAGACCAUCCUAGAGUCUGUGAGUCUAUACUGGUUCACCGAGACAUUCCCCCGAUCUAUCUACCACUAUCGCGAGAACGUCCCGCCCCCCAAGGUGAAACAUGCCGAAGACCCCCGGUGGUAUAUCGAAAAGCCGUUUGGGUUUUCUUACUACCCGAUGGAACUCGUACCUGUGCCGCGCGUCUGGGUUGAGACAACCGGGAAUCUCGUGUUCUGGAAGACACAUGAGAAGGGAGGGCAUUUCGCGGCACUGGAAUGUCCGCGGGAUUUCUUGGAUGAUUUGACUGACUUCUGUGGACAGGUGUGGGCGUAGACAGAGGAGGAAGACUGGUUUCUUCAUAUUCCAGUGUUGAU